AAUCGAACGGGUGGGUGGACUCGGGAAAGCCGCGCGCGUUGUGUACGUAUCUCCACCCCCUGUAACUCCCAUCCAAAAGGCCGCCUAUUAUUACAGGAAUUUUAUGGUAGUGAAUUGACAGACACGGUAUUUCGAAUAUGGAGAAUCUAAAUCAGUUGCUCUUCCAGUACCUGGCCUUUAGUCUUGCGGGAGGAGUCGGGGUUUGUGCUGCCGCCAUGACUGUCGUGUACAAAAUAGUAAAGAGGAAAAAGCCCACUCAUGUUAAUGUCAACUGUUGGUUUUGUAACCAGAAUUCUGUUGUUCCAUAUGGAAAUCGAAAUUGCUGGGAUUGUCCUAACUGUGACCAGUACAAUGGCUUUCAAGAGAAUGGAGACUACAACAAGCCAAUACCUGCUCAGUACAUGGAAAACCUGAAUCACGUGGCAUCGGGUGUGUUGACUGUAUCUGGCAGCAAACCGCAGCAGUGGGUGAACAGCCAGCUUCUCCUGUGUAAGAAGUGCAACAACUACCAAACCCUGAAAGUUAAACAGCUGGCUUCAUUUGUGCCAAGGGACGAGGAAAAGUAUGAUGAAGAAAUUGAAGUGUAUAAACAUCACCUGGAGCAGACCUAUAAACUCUGUCUUCCGUGUCGAACAGCUGUUGAGUAUUACAUCAAAUAUCAGAAUCGACAACUGCGUGCAGUGCUGUUCACUCACCAGCUCAAACGUAGAGAAGCUGACAAGACCUGCGUUCAGACUUCAUAUUCAUCAUCCAUUUCAACCCCUGCACGAGUAGUGUUUCUACGUUUGGUGGCUUUCCUUGUCUGCCUUUUCUUGGUAGUGUUGGCUAUUUAUGGAUCUCGUGACCCAUUCUCUUCCGUCGCCAUUGAAGACCAUGUUACUGGAGAAAAUACCAGGUCUUCUGUUGGAAAUGCUUCUAAUGGAGAGACUGCAUUUAGGGAGAAAGGUACCAACCAGAACAUCAGUGACUGGACAGAUCUCUUCACUUUGCUACCAGAGGGUACCUUUGACAACAUGAAGGCUGCAUGGCAGUAUGGACAGAGCAAUCAAAUUGCGGUAGUCUCUGUUGGAUUCCUGACCUGUUUGCUGGCGGUGUUUUGGGGUGGAUGGAUUAGGUUAAGAAGAAUAGAUGCUGUAGCUUCAGCAUUGUGGCUUCUGGUCAUAGCAUGUCAUCUGAUCGAAAAUUACCUGAAGUCUGAUCUUCCUGACUGGCUCGAAACCCUGAAAUUCAGUACGACCUCCUUGUGUUGCCUGGUUGGAUUCACCGCUGCAGUAGCUACACGAAAAUCAACUGGGCAGCGAAGGUACCGAGCAAGAAGAUAUCUUUCUGGAGAUUCUUCUAAGGUGCUCUACAACAGUAAUGGCAGCAUCCGUUAUCCAUGUUCUGCCACAAGUCCGUCAUUGUUUAUGUCACUACCUCCCAUCAUGCCUCAGUUGAAGAAACAGUUCCACAGAUCAGCUAGACGUACUUCUCCAUCAUCACUGCCAGGGCGGCUAAAUAGGGCAUUAUCUCUGGGCACCAUCCCAACUCUAUCAAGAACAGAUUCUGGCUACCUGUUUAGUGGAAGCCGCCCCCCAUCAAUAACUUCUCAGUGUAAGGAUUCUCCUCCUUCUGAUUACUUUUCCCUCAUCUCUGGAAGCUGUCCGUCAUCUCCACUACCAUCACCUUCCCCCUCUAUAGCAGGGUCUGUAACUUCAAGUCUGAAUUCCUUACGAUGUCGUCGCCCACUCAUCAGCCCAGCACGCUUGAACCUGAAUGGACAGAAGCUGUUUACAUCACAGAGUGAUAUGUUUUACAUGCCUUCUGGCUCAGAUGACAGCAGUACUGGCUGUACAAGUAAAGUUUGCACACCUGAGCUUCCACGUUUUCCUUCCCAGAGUCCUGAUGUGAGAUCAGUCAUUGAGAGGGGCAGUUUUCGUAGCCAGAUCUCUCUCAAAAAAGAGAGUUCAUCUUCCUCUUCAGGCUGCUUUGUGGACACAACAACAAACUACAUAGACAAUAAGACAACGUGGACAGCUAUUUUCAAGAACUCCGUGAUCCAAGGCCUACUUACUCUGAGUCUUACAAUAAAUGCUGUCUUCACAUCCAUCUACCUCUACCAAAGCCUGCGCUGACGAUGGAUUCAUCACAGUGACAGAAGAAGCGUAAAACUAAAGCUUGUGUCUUACAAAUGUGUCAUCAAUGCAUGGUGCUUGAACAAGUGAGACCUCAAUCUGCUUUUUGGACAAUAUAACGCUUAGCGUGUUUGUGAUGAACUCCACCAAAAUGUCACAGUUACUCCCAAUCUCACGCCUGUUUGGGGGAGUAUGUCUUUUAACGGUAAAGCAGUGACAGUGCAUACUGUUGUCACUAAUUUGUAUUUGUUACAAAGUAACAAGAUUUUGCACAUUUGUUAAAUAGCCCUCUAAUGUGUCAAAAUCUAAAAGUGAUCUAGAAGUUCUUGGUGUGUUGGACUACUGAAGGAAGAGUGUUCUAAAUAAGGCAAAGUCAGUGCCGGUCAGUGUGUAUAAAUAGUUCAAAGACAUGUUUAGCAUUUGUUAAAACUGCCACUUGUAAAAAAGUGCUGCUUAGAUAUAUUUUUUUUUAUUUUGGUGGGUAGAUGCCCUUAAGUUCUGAUUUUGAUAUGCAUAUGGUGCAAAUAAGUCUACCUCAUGUGCUCUAGGUGAAAGAUACAUCAUGUGCGUGGAUCAUUUGCAUGUUGUAAGAGUCUAAUAGAGUGAAUGUCAGAGGUAUUGUCAGAUGUCUUGUAAGCAGUUCUCUUGUUUAUGGAUUAUCAUAGUACUUGUUUCAGACUUUGUACAAAUGCUUAAAAAAAAUUAUAGUCAGUAUAUGACAGCUCAA